AAUAUGACAUCUGUCAAAAGCUAAUGUUAAUUGUAAAUUAACGGCGCGAAACUCGAGUGUAAUUAUACGGUAGUUUAUGAAUUUAACUCAUAAAUUUAUCUUUUUAUUAAAUUAAAUAAAUAUAAGGUAUAUGAAACAGUUUUUUUAUAUUUGCUUGGUAAUAAUUUAUUUCGGUUUCGACCUCUUUAGUGAACCAGCUUUAUUUAUACCUUCGUUAACGGUUACUAAAAAUAGUUUUCGCCGGUUUAUUAAAAAUAAAUAUAGCACACUGCUAGUUCUCUUUAUUAUAUAAAUAUUUUAUAUCGAAACUGUAUUUUUUUAUUUUAAAAAUGUCAGAAUACAGUGAUAACGAUUACAGAAAUAGGUGUAGUGAAAAAACUCUACAAACGAACAGCGACGGUUUUUUCAUGGAUUUUGUGGAAGUUGUUAAACAAAGUGUGGGUCAAACGUGGAUUCAAAAAAAAUUCGGUAAAUUGAAAACUGACAGUGAGAGGAUAAGAACUGUUUAUACCGCCGACGAGACCAAGGAAAUUGUACUAAACAUUCUUUCGAAUGUACAAGAGGUGUAUAGAAAGAAAGAUGCCACUGUGAGUCAGUUAAAAAGACUCGAAGCUGAAACAGCUUUUGAACAAAACGAUUUAAAUAAAUCUUUAAUAUUUUACAGUCAAAGUGUUAUGAGAGCACCUGGAACUGGGCAAUGUAGCUCAUUCGAUUCAGGAUUAUCACUGUCUCUUGCUCUGUGGGGUCGUUGUAAAGUACUAAUGGGGUUGAAACAAUAUUCCUUGGCAUUAAAUGAUGUUCAACUGGCAUUAAAAGAACGUUUACCUAAUGUAUUUAAAGCUGAAGCUUACUGGAAAAUGGGGGUGUGCUAUAAAGCCCUUCGAGAGGAUAAGAAAUCCAAAGUGGCAUUCGAUUUAGCUGAAAAAUUGAUGGAUAAGAAAGAAAAAAUUGAAGAAUUAGAAAAAAGCAGAAAAGAAAAUGUAGAAACGGCAAUGACGAAUAUGGAAAAAGUUCUUCCAAAUGUAGAAGAUAAAAAUAACAAAGAAUUUCCAUGCGCCUCCAAAAAACUGUCUGUAAAAAGUACAGACCAAUUGGGAAGAUUCAUUGUUGCUAACGAAUCAAUUAAAACCGGUGAAACUCUAGUUGUUGAACCGCCUUAUGUGGCUUGUUUACUACCAGAAAUGUUCGGUACGCAUUGCCACAACUGUUUCACUAGGUUACAGGCUCCUGUGGCUUGUCCAGAUUGUUCAAAUGUAGCUUUUUGUAAUACAAUUUGUAGAGAUGAAGCUUUAUCUACUUACCACAAGUACGAAUGUAAAUAUUUAGAUCUACUUAUUGGUUCUGGUAUGAGUGUUCUAUCACAUUCGGCUUUGAGAAUUAUAACUCAACAAAACCUUCAAAAUUGCUUGGAAAUUUAUAAAAAUAAACAAAAAGAAAAGUUUUUUUCUCUGUGUACGAAUAGUAAUAAAAGAAACGGAGAAGAUUUUUUACAACGAACUUUAAUGGCUGCAUUUUUACUAAGGUGUCUGCAGAAAUGCGGAUAUUUCAAUACUCCCGGAAAUAACGUUUUACCUACAGAAGAAGAAUUUUUAAUUGGGGAAUAUUUACUAUUCAACUUACAAAUGUUACAAUUCAACGCACACGAAAUAUUCGAACAAUUAACUACACAAGAUUAUAACCUUAAAAUGUCGAAACUUUCAUACAUAGGUGUUGCUUUAUAUCCCACGGUGGCCUUGUUCAACCAUGAUUGUUAUCCCGCAGUUACGAGAUAUUUUGUUGGAAAGUAUAUUGUAAUAAAAUCAUUAAGACCUCUUGCACCGAACGAAAUUGUAGCUGAAAAUUACGGUCCGAUUUGUAGUAGAAAAGAGUUAAAAGAUCGACAAAGGAUUUUAUCUUCUAGAUAUUGGUUUCAAUGCGAGUGUAAUGCUUGUACGUAUAAUUGGCCACAAAUCGGCAGAGGAAUGGACGAUUUAAGUCAACAAAUUAGAUGUCCUACUGAAAAUUGCUCAAAUAUAUUCACUCUACCGGUUUCAAGUAACCCGUUGAAUUGUCCAAAGUGUAAAAAUUUGGUAAAUUUAGACGAAAGAAUUCGUUUGCUCAAAUAUUGUGAAGAACAGUAUAAAAUUGGUUUCAACUUGAUGCAAUCCCAACAAAUAGACAAAGCCGUUGGAGUAUUUUAUGAAGCAUUGGAUACUUUUCAUAAUGUAUCUUGCCCUCCACAUAAAGAAACACAUUUAGCACAAGAGGCAUUGCAAAUAUGUUUAGCUUCAUACGGAAAUGUGUCAAAUACUUUAAAAGAAAUAAAGUAGUUAACAAAACUA